CAAAACGCCGGCGAUUUCGUCGCCUUCUCUCUCUCUUCCUAAAUCUUUUUUUCCUCUCAUAAUAAUAAAUCAUUGAUCCUCUUCAAUCUCCUUCUCCUUCUUCCCCGAUGAUUAAAUCUCCCUCUUUCUCAAAUCCCUGGGUCAUGGCGGCGGCCGUCGUCGGACCGCCGACCACCGCCGAGCCUGAUGACGCCGUCCCCCGCCCGCCUCCACCCGCGGUCGCCUCAGCUGCCGACGGAUCGCCCUCGCGUCUCUCUCCUCGCCACGGCCUUCUUCGCUUUCACUCCUCCCUUCUCCUCCUCCUCCACCUCCUCAAAUCCCUCCUUUUCUCUCGACGCAGCAGCUGAUGCCUCUUCCAAUUCUACCUAUUUUCGAGAAUUUGCUCGUUCAUCUUUCUCUGUAUCCUCUCGAUCCUCGAAUGUUUUGAACUCUAGUGAGGAAAUUGGUCGUGCGGUUGAGAAAUUGGGCGGGAAUCGAACAAAGGCGCGGCCUCUGAAGGAGGAGAGAACUUUACCUCCGGAUGAGGCCCUCUUGUGUGCUAAAAGGGAGAUUGUGAAUGCGCCUCUGGUUUUGAAUGAUACUGAACUUUAUGCCCCAUUGUUCCGGAAUUUAUCGGUUUUCAAAAGGAGUUAUGAAUUGAUGGAAAGGAUCCUUAAAGUUUACAUCUAUAAGGAUGGGAAAAAACCUGUCUUCCACGAACCAGAGCUUAGAGGCAUUUAUGCUUCUGAAGGAUGGUUUAUGAAAUUGAUGGAGGAGGACCGCAGAUUUGUUGUCAGGGAGGCAAGAAAGGCCCACUUGUUUUAUAUUCCAUAUAGUUCACGCCAGCUAAAAAAUGCUCUUUAUGUGCCUAAUUCGCAUAAUUUGAAGCCUUUAGCGAAUUUUCUGAAGGAUCAUGUAAACAAUAUUUCCUCUGUAUAUCCUUUCUGGAAUCGGACAAGAGGAGCAGAUCAUUUCCUAGUUGCUUGCCAUGAUUGGGGUCCUUAUACAACAACAGCACAUGAAGAACUGCGCAAGAACACCAUUAAAGCCCUAUGCAAUGCAGACACUUCAGAAGGAAUCUUUGUUCGUGGGAGGGAUGUUUCUCUCCCAGAAACAACCAUCAGAACUCCAAACAGGCCUCAAAGAUACGUAGGAGGGAAACGCGUCUCUCAGCGGCCAAUUCUUGCUUUCUUUGCAGGAAACAUGCAUGGAAGAGUGAGGCCCACCCUCAUAAAAUACUGGGGUGAUAAAGAUGACAAUUCUCAAGAUAUGAGAAUUUAUAAGCGCCUCCCAAACCGAGUCUCCAGGAAAAUGUCCUAUGUUGAGCAUUUGAAAUCUAGCAAGUUCUGCCUCUGUCCUAUGGGAUAUGAAGUUAACAGCCCGAGGAUUGUGGAGGCUAUCUAUGCUGAGUGUGUUCCGGUGAUUAUAGCGGAUAAUUUUGUGCUUCCUUUUGAAGAAGUUUUGGAUUGGAGCUCAUUUUCUGUGUCAGUUGCUGAGAAAGAUAUACCGAAUCUGAGGGAUAUAUUGUUGGGCAUCUCUCUGAGGAGAUAUAUUGCUUUGCAGGCAGCUGUUAAGAGGGUGCAGAGGCAUUUUCUCUGGCAUACGAAGCCUGAGAAGUACGAUAUCUUCCAUAUGAUUCUGCAUUCUAUUUGGUUCAAUAGGCUGAACCAGAUCCAAACCCAGCAGUGAUUGUGUACAUUAUUGUUUGCGAAGGUUAGGAGAUAAUGCAACAUCUGGAUAUUUUAAUGGUGAAGGUGGUGAAGGUGGUGAAAAGAGCUUACGGUGGCGUGACGACUGCUUUUGGACCUCUCAGUUUGGCUCAGGUUGUUCACCUGAGGUCUGGCUGGUUAUGCACUUUGAUAUCAAAUGGUUGGUGUUGGAACUGAAUCUCCAACGUGCAAAAAUCUUCUGGAAGGCCUUUGGGCUUGAGGGUGACUGGUUGAGGCAUUGAGGAGCAGUAAAUGUAAAGAACAAAAGAUGGUGUGCAAAUUCUUCUAUAGAUCAUAUAGCUGGUUUGUAAAGUAUGUCUACAUUAUUUUUUUUUGUGAAAUUCCUUUCAGGGAUAAUAAUCUUAGCUCCACAGUACAGAAUAGGAAUAAGUGUAGACCUGCUAGGAGCAAGUGUUUUUUUUUUCCUUUCUAACUUGUUCAGAAGGACAUUCAUAUCACUUUACCCAUCUAUUUGGUGCAUCAGUCAACAUUUCUAUGA